GGCUUCACGUGGUCAACGUUAGGGAAGAGAAAGGAGAAAAACUCAGUAAAAUAGAUCAGAGUCGAGCAGUCAUGGUGGUGGUUCUUUAUCGUUUUGGAGCAACAAAACUCUGAAUGAGAUCGAAGAUGGUGGGUAUGAUUAUAGGUUUGGUACAACUUUCCGACAUCGAGUGAAGCUGAAUCUUCUUUCUUUCCGUCUCUGGCGAUUUCUCUGUUAAUUUCUCUCAAUUCUCCCAAUUCUCCCAAUUCUCCCAAUUUUGCAAAUCUAUAGACUAGCCCUAAUUCAUCUCAUUAGAUCAUGGGAGGCGAAGCAGCGGUAGCAGCACUCGCUCCAGGUUUCCGAUUCCACCCAACAGACGAAGAACUCGUUAGUUACUACCUUACGCGUAAGGUCUGCGGAAAACCCUUUCGUCUCGACGCGAUCUCGGAAGUUGAUCUUUACAAAUCGGAGCCAUGGGAUCUUCCAGGUCAGUCGAGGCUGAAAAGCAGAGACCAAGAGUGGUACUUCUUUGGGGCCCUUGAUAAGAAGUAUGGAAACGGGUCGAGAACUAAUCGCGCUACGGAUCAGGGCUACUGGAAGACAACGGGGAAGGACCGGACGGUCCGACGGAAGAAUCAUACCGUCGGGAUGAAGAAGACACUCGUCUUCCACAUUGGUCGUGCACCGCGAGGCGAGCGGACUAAUUGGGUCAUGCAUGAAUACAGGCUUGUGGACGAAAAAUUAGAGAAAGCGGGCAUCGCGCAGGAUGCCUAUGUGCUGUGUAGAAUUUUCCGGAAAAGCGGCGCGGGACCUAAGAAUGGAGAGCAGUAUGGAGCACCUUUUGUCGAGGAGGAAUGGGAUGAGAAUGUUAUAGAUGAGAAUAUGUUGGUUACGAAGGAUGAUGUCGGUGAUGAUGCCUUUUGUCAUAUUUGGGAUGAAGGAUAUAUUCAGGCCGACCUUGUGCGGAAUAUUGACGUGGGUGCUCCAUCGGAAAACGUUCCUCUCCCACCGAACUUCUAUUAUGGAAAUGGUAGCAACUCCUUAGGGCACGCUGAAGGGCUCUUUACGGAUGGUCAGAAGGUCCUUAAUGGCGGGGCUAGUAAAGAUAAUUUGCCACAACCAUCUGAGGAACAAAAGUUCUUGGACUUACCUGAACAAUAUCAGAUAGACCUCCUACCUCUUGAAGAUGAACAUUUUGUUGAAUUAAAUGAUCUUUUGUAUCCUGUCGAUGGUGAUAAUGUUGCUGAUAACCCAGUUGAUGAAACGCAAAAUUCCGAUCCUUUUACUUUCCCAGUUGAUGAUGGUUCAUUCCUAGAAAUUAAUGAUCUCCAAGAACCUGUCGAGGCAGAUCCUUCAGGGUUGAAAAUGCUAAAUGAUUACCUCAUUAAUGAUCCACUGGAUUUUUCUAAAAUUAGAGAGAGUGAAGCUACCAUGUUGGACCAAUCAGCCUUCACCCAAUGGGUGAAUGGAGGAACUGUAGAACCACUGGUGAUGCCACAACCCUCGAAGUCACUGGGUAGCGAAGUUGCAUCCUCUUCAAAGCAAAUAUUGCAUGAUACAAAGCUUGGACCAGAUGUUCAAUAUGAGGAGGGUUGGGACAAUACCCUUGCCAAACGAGUCAGUCGUAUGCUGGGUUCGAUCCCUGCUCCUCCAGCAUUUGCUGAAGAAUUCCCAACAAAAAAGGUGGCUUGGGGGCAGAACUCAUCAAUGCAUUCUCCCAGUUCAAUCCAUGUUACUGCUGGGGUGAUACGUAUAAGCGACGUGACAUUCAGAGGCAGUGGAAUUGAUUCUUCACUGUGCAAGGGUGAAGAUAUGGGCCUUCUUAUUUCCUAUGGCAUGACAAGCGGUGAUGUAAUUGCUAAUGAACAGGUGAUCAGUCGCUCUGUUGGUUUUGAAUCUCUGGCUAAUCUACUCUCAGGUAAGGCAGGAUCCCUGAUGUUGCGUAGUGGAUUUUACCUGAUCCUCUUCUGGGUUCUGAUUCUUUCAGUGAGCUACAAAAUAGGAUACUGCAUCUGUACAAAAUAAUACAUUAUCAAUAGGUUGGACCGUUGACUUAACCACACACACAAAUAAUCCAAAAGAGGAAAGGAAAAAAGAAAAAUCUGUAUGGGGCCAUUGGAACCCGGGAUUAUUUUAUUAUUUUAUUGUUGGACGUAAAGAAUAGUGUCCUAGGGUCGAGGUUAUGACAUGCUGUGUUCAAUAGUACAUAAGCAUAUGCUUGAUUUAUUAAAGCUUGUGCAUGUAUGCGUUUGUAUUUCAUUUUUGGAGAGUUUUCUUUUACCCAUGAAUGAAGAAUCCCCUCACCAUAGACAUUUAAA